AUGCCUCUCUCCUCCGUCCUAGAUGUUCUGAUCAUUGGUUCUGGGCCUGCCGGUCUUGGUGCCGCACUUGCGCUUGGUCGGGUCUUUCGAAGUGCGGCAGUUUUCGACUCUAAGUACUUCAGAAACUCCGCAAGUAGCCAUGCGCACACUGUACCUACACGAGACCACGAAGAUCCCGCUCAGAUACGCCAGCUGAUGCGUCAAGAAGUUAUGGGGCGAUAUAAGACCAUCACUUUCACAGACAGUUCAGCAGUCUCCGUUGAGGAACUGGACGGAUGUUUUCAGGUUGUAGACAAUGGCGGGAGAAAAUGGAACGGACGAAAAGUCGUAUUAGCGACGGGGGUUAUAGACGUGUUGCCAGAGAUCGACGGAUUCAGGCAAGCUUGGGGUAAACAAAUUCUCCAUUGUCUAUAUUGCCGGGGCUUUGAAGAAUCGCAACCUACUUCUGCCACCUCGAAGAUAGGUUUCCUACUUCCUCGGGACAUAUCUGCUUCAGACAUCUCCAACACGUUGUUCUACGGACAACUCGCAUACCAAUUUACAGGGGAUAUGACGAUCUUGCUCAAUGGGAAUACAAACACGGCUACAACAACAGCAUUAGCACCUGCUCUAUCCCGUGGCAUGAAGCCGAUCGGUAAAGAAAUCAGGGAGAUUUUGACAACGUCUUCUUCUUCUACCGCAACCGUUGUUUUUAUGGACGGUACCUCGGAAUCGUUUUCCUGGCUUUUCUACAAGCCGGCGGUCAUCCUUGCCGGCGAAUUUUACAAGGCUCUAGACUUGAAAAUCACAAGCCAAGGCGAAAUUGAAGUGUCGCAAUGGCAGGAAACAUCUAAACAUGGAAUCUUUGCAGCUGGUGAUUGCGCGAAUAUGUUCAAGCAGAUCGCAGUUGCUUCGGCGGAUGGUAUCAAAGCAGGAAUGGGAGCGAACAAGCAAAUUUUGGAGGAGGAUAGGAUCAAAUAUCUGUAA